AUGUUCCCUAGAAGACUGACUUCCCUACUGUCUUUGGCCCUCUUAGGUCUCGGCACAUCAUCCUCACCUCUCCCUGGUCCCGCCCUUCCUCUCCCAGCCAGAACAGUAGCUCAGCUUUCAACAGUCCCAACCUGGCUGGAGAACCUCGCCGUCCGGCCAAAUGGCGAUUUACUCGUCACCCAACUGGCUCCAGUCCCCAUACUUUACACCAUCAAGAACCCGUCACUAGGAAACGCAACCCUAGAACCCAUCUACGAGUUCCAUGCCGCCAACGUUACUGAUCUCCUUGGAAUCACAGAAACAGCCCCAGAUACAUAUGCCAUCAUCGCCGGAAAUGCAACAACCAACUCAACUGGCUACGCCGGUACCUGGUCCGUAUGGCAAGCCGCCUUCGCCUCUCCCGACGUCUCCACACCUACAGUCCACAAAAUCGCCAACGUACCGCGGGCAAAGUUACUCAACGGCGCCGCGACCCUGCCCUCUGACCCUUCCAUUGUCAUAAUGGCAGAUUCUCAAUAUGGCCUCCUCUUCCGCUUCGAUACCAAAACUGGGACCAGCGAGAUCAUCGCCGAUGGACCAGAACUCAAGCCUUACCCAGAAAUGCACAAUGGUACCGUGGGGUUUGGUGCCAAUGGUCUCAAGAUCCGCGAUGGGUGGGUGUACUUCAGUAACUCGGACCUCAUCGCCAUAUACCGCGUUCCCAUCACUUCAAGAGGGUACAUAUCGCAUAGUCCCAAGGCAGUCGUGGAACUAUACGCCAAUCUGACUGCGGUGGCCAACUUUGUAGAUGACUUCACGUUUGGUCUAGAUGGCACGUUGUGGGCUGUGAGUAACUAUGAGAACACAGUCAUUGCUGUGAGUCCAGGUGGGAAGAAGAUGGAGGUAGUGGCGGGUGCAAAAGGGUCAGUGACGUUCGCAGGGGAUACCGCGGCAGCGUUUGGGAGAACAGACAGGGAUCGGGAUGUGCUAUACGUGAGCACUGCUGGAGGUUUGGCCAUGCCUGUCACUGGGAGUGUUGUGGCGCCGGGGAGCAUCGUCGCGGUUGAUACCAAGGGGUACGCGUGUUAG